AUGUUGCAAAUCUCAUGUGCUUCUAUGGUGAACGCGGCAUCCGCAUUGGCGUUCCUGGCCCUAUUCUUUCCCGCGUCAGCGACACCUUCGGGGUACAACUGUAACCCUGGGCAACAUUGUUGGCCAUCAAACAAGGAAUGGGAGAUCUUUAAUAGCAGUCUAUCCGGAAACCUAUACCGUACAAUUCCCUACGCCGCCAGCUGCUAUUAUAGUUCUCCAUACUAUGACCGUUCAACCUGUGAUGUCAUCGAAGGGAACUACACAACAAAUCAGGCACGAACCGACGUAUACGGCGCAACAACUGGACUAAAUUGGGAAUCAUGUCUGUCUCAAACCUGUGCCUUGAACAUUUAUGCUCCUACUUCGUCUGUGGUUCUUUCCGAUGAAUGCUACCUUGGACGGCUCUCGUCAUUGUAUGUUGAUGCCCGUGAAGCAAAACAUGUUGUCAUCGCCGUGAAAUUCGCCCAAAAGCAUAGUCUUCGAGUCACCAUCAAGAACACAGGGCAUGACUACUUUGGGCGCUCUACUAGUCCCAAUACCCUUACAAUCUGGACCCACAACAUGAAAACCAUGAAGUAUCAUGCGAACUUUACUGCGUCUAACUGCCCUGCCUCGAACGGUCAACAUAUCGGAGAGAUAGGAGCCGGUGCUCAGGCGUUGGACGUCUAUACCUACUUCCAGAGCGUCAACAUGGAUGUGACUGGUGGCAACGAAGGAUCGGUUGGCCUGGCUGGCGGCUUUGGUCAAGGAGGUGGCCACGGUGUGUUUGGUCCUUCGUAUGGUCUGAUGGUGGACAACGCGGUCGAGUUUGAUGUUGUCACUGCAGACGGCCAAUUACGAACAAUCAACCGUUGCAAUGACCCUGGUCUCUUCUGGGCUAUGCGAGGUGGAGGAGGAGGUUCGUUCGGCAUUUUAACCAGCUACCGCUUCCAACUUCAUCCAGCGGUAAAGAUCAAUGUGUACCAGUUCAAGGCCAACUUCACACUACAUGGCAAUGAAACUGCCAAUUACGCUGUAUUGGAACAGAUUCUCACACAACACGCAACUUACCAACCCGUCUGGUCUCACAUCAAUAUUUCAGGACAUGCUUACUACUGGCCGAGCAAAGCUGAAAUCUACCUUGUCCUGCCUUCGAAUAAUGAAACAGCUUUGAAAACUCUCACCAGUGAAUUUUCUUCCUUUUUGACGAAUCAAACGGGUAUUUCUGUCACCACGAGCACCUACACUACCUAUCCCAAAUAUACCAAUUUUCUUCAGGUUACCAAUACGAUCGCUAGCCGCCUAACACCGGGCGGAAUCUUCGAAGCUGUCGCAGGUCGGCUGAUGCCGAACUCAUUAUUUGAAACCGACGCCACGAUAAACGACUUAGUAGAGGCCGUCCUUCGAGGAAUUCGCCUCAGCAAUAAGCUGGUGCCCGAUGAUGCUUCUCUAACACAAGUCAUAAUGACUACGCCUGUGAAUCACCAAAAUGGCAACACGACAAGUGCUAAUCCUGCCUGGCGCACGGCUCUCUGGCAUGUUCUUAUGACAGGUGGAUGGACCAAAGAGCUUGGCGUCUCCAAUGAGACAGCAUUGCUCGAAUCAUGGUUGAAUACCGUCCAGCCACUGAAAGAUUUGACGCCCGGUGGAGGGUGCUACCUUAAUGAAGGCCACUACUUGGAACCAGAAUGGCAAGAGACAUUUUUCGGAUCGAAUUAUCCUGAACUGCUUGACAUUAAGAAGAAGUACGAUCCUACCCACUUCUUCGACUGUUGGAAGUGUGUUGGCUGGGAAGGACCGUCUGAUGCCUACUACUGUUACAACUAG